AUGGCCCUGCCGCUGCUGCUUGGCAACAGCUUCAACCGCAAUGUGGAAAAGAAGUUCCACAAAUCUCAACAUUGGGGCUUUUGCAACAAUGUGAGAAUGCUGGUGAGUGAAGAUAAACCUGGAAUAGGUGGAGAAUUGCUUCCUGGGAAAAAGGUGAAGCCUAACUACAGUGACUUUCCUAAAGGAAUGGGAAGCACCGUGCCAUCCUGGAUCGCUUGUGAUAAGCAGGUAUUAUCUUUUGAUGCCUAUUUAGAAGAUGAAUUUCCUGAUAAAACUCAAGAAAAGUAUAGAAUAAGACGCUAUAAAAUCCUCUUCUACCUCGAAGAUGACACAAUUCAAGUGAAUGAACGAGAGUUGAAAAAUAGCGGACUGCCUAAAGGGACUUUUAUCCGGCGUCACCGGAUUUCUCUCCCACCUCCUGAUGAAGAUCAGUUUUAUACUGUGUAUCAUUUCAAUAUCAACAUAGACGUUGUCUUUUAUGGCCGGACAUUCAAGAUUUAUGAUGCUGAUACGUUCACAAAAAACUUCUUGAAGAAAAUAGGAGUCAAAUUAAACCCCCCAGGACGGUGUCCAGAAGAUCCUUACAUGAAGAUACAGAGAGAGAAGCUAGACCGCAUGGAGCCCUUACGUCCCUAUGAGUCCUAUGACACCCGGAAACAGUUCCUUGAGUGUGAUAGGAAGGUUUUACGUUUUUUCUGCCUGUGGGACGACUCAGCCUCGAUGUUCGGGGACCGUCGAGAACUCAUUCUGUAUUACUUUCUGUGCGACGAUACCAUCGAAAUCAAAGAAGUGGUGCCACCCUCCUCAGGCCGGGAUGCCACAUCGUUGUUCCUCCGGAGGAGAAAGCUACCCAAGCUCGGGAAAGUAGACCAGGAGUUUUACAAAGACAGUGACCUGUUCAUAGGAGCCACCAUCAACGUGUGGGGAAGAAAAGUGCUUCUUUGCGACUGUGAUAACUUUACGAAGACCUAUUACAAGACUAAAUAUGGAAUUGAGAACUUUACCUCGAUUUCGUGCAAGGCUCCUCCUCCUCCUCCAAAGAUGGAAAGGAAAUUUCCACCUUAUAACGGCUUUGGUUCCGAAGAGGAUUCUCUCCGCACCUGCAUGGGCCUUGUGCCCACGCCUCCUCGGAGGAACUUUAAGAAGUUCAUGGAGAAGAACAGCUAUGGCAACAAAAGCAAUAUACUCCGGUUUUUUGCAAAACUAAUCACACACAAACGUGUGGAACGGGACAGGAAGUUUGUCAUUUCGUACUUUCUCAGCGAUGACACGAUUUCAGUGUUUGAACCUGUAGAGAGGAAUUCAGGGUUUACUGGUGGGAUGUUCCUGAAAAGAAUGCACGUUAAGAAGCCUGGACAAGAAGUCUUUAAAAGCGAACUAUCAGAAUACAUCCAGGCCAAGGACCUGUAUAUCGGAGCCAGAGUGAACUUGAAUGGCUACCUGUUUCACUUGCUCAACGCUGACGAGUAUACCUUACGCUACAUGGAGGAGAAUUCAGAUCAGUUUCCCAUGAGCAGCAUUGAACUCGUCCUACAAAAGCUGAAAGAAGAACAAUCAGAAUCCAGAGAGCUCAAGCACUUAUUUAGAAAUGCUGACCCCAAGCUUACAAAGAGAGUGGAUUAUAAUACAUUCAGAGACAUAAUGAUGACUCUAACCACUGGGAGACUCCUAGAACAUGAAUUUAUAACCCUUGCACGUCACUACGGGGUGCCCGAGGACACGUGUCCUGGUAUGAACAUCCUAAUGGCACAGGCCCACGAACAACUCAAGAAAAAUACUUUUGAGAAUUUUGAAAGACUCAUUGCUACUUGUGUCUAUGAAGAUCGAGAAAAGAAAAAAGUGCUACCCACCAAAGACAUCAGAAGGCUGUGCAAAUCCUUCAGGUUACCUCUGCCUGAUCACCUCCUGGGAUCCAUACUAUCCGGAGAUGUGAAGAUGUCUGGCUCGGGAUGCCAUCACCUAUUCCUGUGAAAUAUGUUGACUCUUUUAGACUUUUAA